ACAGCCGUUGUCAUGGCGACGGCGUCAAAACACUUAUUCACAGCGAAACAUACGUGUUAAUGUGAACAGUAACAAAUAACAACAACCCAAAAUAAAAGUCGUUUCGUCAAUCGCAAUGUUGAGUUCGCGGUAUUAUAGCGCGUCGCGAGUGGGCACCGACGCGAAGCCUCGCACUGCGCUGGUGGUGGACGAGGAAGAUGAACUGUACAGCGGGUUCAAUGACGUGGCGCCAGCGUUGGACACCCGCAACCUCCGAGAGGAUCAAGCCUUCCAGGAGACCCUCAAGACUGCCGGCAUCGGGAGGAAGGUGCCCAGUCGCAUGGGCACGGGGAUGUUUCGUGUGGGCACCGUGAGCGUGCGCGGCGGCAGUUCCCGUGCAGGCACGGCCGCACGGCCUGUGACUGCCGUGCGCGCGGUCGGGUACACCUCCACGGCACGGGACGCGCCCGGCCGGGAGGACAGGAAGGAAGAAAGUAUAGAAGACAAGGUGAAACAGAUGGAGGCACGAAUAAUGACUCUUGUGGAAGAGUCGUGUAUGCUGAGCGCGCGACUGGAAGCUGAGGAUGACUCAGCUACUAAGAGAGAGCUGGACUUAGGACAGGCGUUAGCGAAAGCCCAAGAGGCGUCAACAUUGGAACGUCAGCUCAUCAGGAUGCAGGAGCAGGCCAACUUAGGAGACUCGCACAAUUUGGAUCUUACUUUUGCUGUACUAUGCAAUUUGGCUGGGCAAUACGCUUUGAACGACAUGUAUACAGAGGCGCUGAAUACAUAUCAAUUGCUUACUAGGAACAAGCUGUUCCCGCAUGCCAACAGGCUCAAGGUGAAUAUGGGAAAUAUUUAUUUCAAAAUGGGCGAACAUCCAAAAGCAUUGAAACUGUACAGAAUGGCCCUAGAUCAAACCCCAACAGCUGAAAAAGAUCUCAGGAUGAAGGUCAUGCAUAACAUCGGCCUCCUUUUGGUGCGGAUGGGCAAGUUUCGGGACGCUGUAACGAAUUUUCAGCAUAUAAUGCACGAGCAAGGAGACUUUCAAACAGGUCUCCAUUUGGUGUUAUGUUCCGUGGCGCUGAGCGACGCUGAGGCGGGGAAGGCGGCCUUCCACGCGAUGUUGGAUGUGGAGCCACCGAGCUACCAUCAGGAUAUCACCAUUGAUGAUGAGAAUGAUGCGUACGAGUGUGUGCUUCGCGACGUGUUACGCGGGGACCGCUUGUCGCGGUGGUCGCGCCGCGCCGCCGCCGAUGCAGAACGCUGCUUGGCGCUAGCUGCGGCUGCGCUGGUCACGCCUGCCUCCAGAGAUGACGACAGCGGCGGUAUGUCAUGGUGCGUGGAAGCGCUGCGCGGCUACAGCGGCGGCGGUGCGGGCGCUCGUCUCGAGUUGGGCGGUGCGUUGGCGGCGCUGCGAGCGGGGCGUGCGGCGGCGGCGCAGCGGGCUGGCGUCAAAGCGUUGACGAGGUUGAAAGCCGUGGCCCGCGCACACCCCAAUGAUAGAGUAUUGAGGGCCGAGGCUAAUGCUGACGCUGCCUUUGUGGCUUAUGCUCUGGGCAAGUAUUCUGAGGCGCGUUCGCUGAGCGAGUCAGCAUCGCGCGAUGACCCAUAUGGCUGCGCGGCGCGGGUGUCGCUGGCGCUGGCGGCGGCGCGCGAGGCAGAGGCGGGCGGGGGGGACGUGGCGGAAUCUUGGGCAGCGGCCGCGCCUGCGCUUGCCGCCGCUGCGCAUCUCGACCCGGCCGAUCUCAUAGCCAUGCAUGAUGCCGCACUGGCUCUAGAGAAGAGCGGUUCGGAAGAAAACGCUGUGGCGGCGGAGGCGCGGUGGUCGCGCAUGCGCAAUGCGGCGGGCGCGGGCGCGUGUGCGCGCACGCUGGCCGCCGCCGCGCUCGCGCGCCGCGCAGACGACCCCGCCGCCGCUGACCACUGGUACAGCAUGAUCGGAGGAUGGGACGUGGGCGUCACAUGCGCACUUGCCCGACUGCACAGUGAAACGGGGGACACCAACACAGCCAAACAUCAUUAUCAAGACGUGGAGGCCGUGUGGCCGUGCGAGGUGUCUGCGCUGGAGUGGCUGGCGGCGGACUCUGCUCCCGACGCCGCGCUCGGCUACUACCGCCGCGCCGCGAGGCUGCAGCCAACCAACCCGCGGUGGGGGCUGCUGAUGGGCGGGUGUCUGCGCGCCAGCGGCCACUACCAGGAAGCGCUGGGCCUCUACAAAAAGAUGAACGCCAGGUUUCCGGACAACGUCCAAUGCCUGAAAUUAAUCGUGAAGCUGUGCGGCGACCAGGGUCUCUCUGAAACUAGCGCUUGGACCCGCGAGCUGCAGCGAGCUCAGGGCAGGAUCAAGCAGCAGGAGCGGGUAUCUGUGACGUCGGCGAGCAGUGGAUCAUCCGGAGCCAGCCAGUCGCCUAUCGACCAGAUUAGAACUGGAUCAAGAAGUGGCAGCGGUCGAGCCGACAGCGCUAUGACACGAGUUACAACUUACUCUAACGAUGCGGUGAUCCAAGACAGCAUACAACCCGUGUCUCGAUCAGUUCGGCGCUCCGCAGGCCGUAAGAAAAACACGGACGAAUUCGACGAAGACUUACCCCUGCCCCCCGAGUAGCCAAGCCAAUGGUUUCAUAACUUUAUAUACGUACCUAACUGUCAAUAUAACUUGUUUACGUAAUUUGUAAUGUAUGGACGUCUUUGUUUUUAUUUGUAAACUCAUAAGACUAUACGUCAUUUCGAUGUGUACUAUUAUGAUUUAUAGAUCAUAACUUUACAAACAACAGUUUGAUAAAUAUUAAGGAUCUCACAUGGAUGGAUUUCAUCCAGGAUCUGAUCGCUAGUAAAUGUUUAUCAUAGUGCUACAUAUGAUGCAUAAAAAAGGUCCUUGCACUGUGUUGGACUCGAACAUCGAAGGUGAUGGGAUCGCGUAAAAUAACAGGCCUUGAAAUUAUUAAACUUCUUUAUUAAAAAUUAAUUAUUUUUCAUCGGAGGUAUGUACAAUGUUUGUCUUUUAUAAUAAAAUACCAAUACAACCCUACAA